ACAAUGAGAUGAACAGCCGAGGUGCAGGAAAGAGAGAGAGAGAGGGAGAGGGAGAGGGCAAAAAGUGAAAGAUCUGCCCCAGUCUCACACUGACCGUUUGACCAAACUCAUUUCUUCGACUAGGAUUAUUUUUUCCAUAUACAUAUUUUUGUGGGGAGAAAAAUCAGCUCCAACUGACCAUGGAAAUCGAGAAGGAAGUAAAAAAGAUGACCCUGGGCCAUGAGAUCGGAGCUGGAGCAGCGUGUCUGAAAUGCAAGGACAAGUGCGAGGGCUUUGAGCUUCACUUCUGGAGAAAGAUCUGUCGCAACUGCAAGUGCGGGUUAGAAGACCACGAUGUGCAGCUGCAGACGGAAGAGAACCAGAAGGUGGGGCGGCUUUUCGAAGACACCAAGUACACGAGCCUCAUAGCCAAGCUAAAGAAAGAUGGAGUUCCUUCCUACCAAGGCAGCCAGCUCACCAUAACUAUCAGCACGCCUGCUGUAGGGACCGCGGUACCUGUUGCAGUGGCUGGUACUGCGGGGACAGUGAGUCCUGUCUAUUCCCAUGGUGUCCCUGGCCAAGACGCCCCCUUUGUCCCUGGCCAAGGCGCCCCCUCUGUCCCCAGCCACGGCGCCCCCUCUGUCCCCAGCUACGGCGCCCCCUCUGUCCCUGGCCACGGCACCCCAUCUGUUCCUGCCCAUGGUGCCCCCUCUGUCCCUCAUAAGGGUGCUCCUUCUGCUGCAGGACAAGGUUUUCCCUCUGUCCCCGGCCAGGGCGCCCCCUCUGUCCCUCACAAGGGUGCUCCAUCUGCUGCAGGCCAGGGUUUCCCCUCUGCUCCCGGCGGCUCCUUUGCCGCAGGUCACGGUAUCCCUUCUGCUGCCCCUGUUGCUACUGCAGUCACUCCUGCUGCCGUGGCAGCCAAAAAGGAUGUGGUCAAAGCAGUCACCUACGAGUGGGCUCCUCCUGGGGUUAACCAGAAGUUGGCUCUGCGUUACAUGGAGCUGCUUCCACCAGAACGCCGGCCCAUAGCAGGCACUCAGGGAGCAGAUUACCGCAAGAAGCAGAUGGCCAAGCAGCUACCUGAACACGACCAGGAUCCGGAGCGCUGUCACGAGCUCUCACCUGGUGAGGUCAAACAAAUGCAGCAGUACGUGCGCAAGUACAAGGACGAGGCUCUGGGUAUCGGAGACCUGACCCUCCCUGAGGAGCUCGGCUCUCAAGCAGGCACUGGUGUGAACCCUGGAGCACCCGGGGACCAGGGCACGGCUGCCGUGGGGAAGGUCGGGAUCCCGGGUGCAGUGGGGGCUGGAAGUGGGGCCGGACCUGCUGGGAAAUACGAGUGUCAUCACUGCCAGCGCGUCAUGAACCGCGGCGACCCGGCAGUUUACGCAGAGCGCGCCGGAUACGACAAGCUGUGGCACCCGGGAUGCUUCGUCUGCUGCACCUGCAACGAGCUGCUGGUGGAUAUGAUCUACUUCUGGAAGAAGGGAAAGCUCUACUGUGGCCGGCAUUACGGAGACAGCGAGAAACCACGAUGCGCCGGGUGUGAUGAGCUCAUCUUCAGUAACGAGUACACGCAGGCCGAGGGGCAGAAUUGGCACCUGAAGCACUUCUGCUGCUUCGACUGCGACUGCGUUCUGGCUGGAGAAACCUACGUCAUGGAGAACGACAAGCCGGUGUGUCAGCCCUGCUACAUGAAGAACCAUGCUGUGCACUGCGUGUCCUGUAAGAAGCCGAUCGAGCCCGAGGCGCAGCGCGUGUCCUACGGUGAGCAUCACUGGCACGCGGAGCCUCAGUGUUUUCAGUGCUCCGGCUGCUCCAAGUGCCUGGUUGGUCAGCGCUUCAUGGCUCUGCAGGGGAAACUCCUCUGCUCCGUCGAGUGUAAGAAGAAGGUCCUGGCGUCUUAGGAGAACAUCUACAGAGCUACAUGACCCAGUCCUUAUUUCAUAACCACUCUGUUUAUAACCACUGGUUUAAAUCGUGCUGUUUUUUUUUCAGCAAGCACUUGUUGUUGUUGUUGUUGUUGUUUAUUUUUUCUUGGCUUUAAUUUCUGCCGAAUAACAUCGUUAACAUUCACACGGAUUCUUCAAAGCCGUGGUUUUGCAUGCAGCCAGGUGCAGGGAGGCAGAGAGACAGUAAAUGGAAAUGAGCAGAGAGAGAGAGACUUCGGAGACGAGGUGAAACUCCGCCCACAAGCUGUCCAUCAUCUCCUGCAUCUCCGUCCAGCUGCUGUGUCACAACUGCGAUCUUGACCCCAGUAUUACACCAGUCUAACAGACUCUCGCUCACUUGUUUCUCUCUCACAAUCACUGAGCUCAAAUCGCACUUUAUUUCCUUUUUUUUUUUUUUUACUGCCCUGUGUUCUGAAAUGUAAUAAAUAACAUGCAAGAGAA